AUAAUAUUCCAAUCGCAAGGACAAACGAAAAUCUUAUACAUGUGUUUAUUGUUCUGCGUUAAUAACAUGCUCCGAGUAGCGACAAAUGGUAAAUACGUGUUCAGGUAAAAAAUAGAGCUCAUUAACGUUUAAACAGGACCUAUAUAAAGAAAAUUUACAAAAACAACUUCAGAAGAAAGCAAAACCUAAGCAACAGUUACAAAUAAUUUUGAUGAUGUGGAAGCUAUUAAUCUGUUUCAUAUUAAAUGUAUCCUGUUCUCAUAGAGCAGAUGGUAUAUAUUUAAAAAACGAAGUCGCAGUAAUAAAUGAAUUUGAAUCUAUAACUGAAUGUGUUAUAACUUUGAGUGGUUUGCUAAAUAUGAGCCCGACAUUUACGAUACUCAAACAAAAAGAUGAGGAUAAUAAAGAAAAUGAAUUUAUCGAACAAUUGGUGAGAAGUCUAGCUAAACACAAUACACCUCAAGCUAUUCUUGAAGAUGUUACCGACCACGAUGAAGAUAGCCAUGAUUUAUACAUCAACUCAUUAACAGUUGUUUUUUUCGGUUCGUGUGAAGAAGCAAUUCAGUUUGACUACAAGAAUGUAAACAAAAUAAAAUACCUCAUCGUUAUAUCUGAUCCUACCAGCAAUGACUGUGGAAAAAUACUUAAAGCAAUAAAAGAAACAGUUGGUGAAUUUGACGUCACUUUUAUUAUUCAAGAUUUUUCUAGUGACAUCAAUAAGAUUUACACAAUAUUUCCCUAUAAAGACAUAAACACGUGUGAAAUGGUCCACAAGUUGACGCACAUCAAUACUUGUAUCAACAGUACUUUAGAAACUCAAGAAGUGUUUCCAAUGAAAACACCCACGAAUUACAACAAAUGUCCUCUUAGGGUAGGUAUGGCAACACUUUUUCCAUUCUCCACAAUUAAAGAUCAUAAUUCACUUAAAUCUUAUGAUCCACUCGAAGAAUCACAAAUUAAAGGAUCAGAUCUAGAAAUGCUGAAAGUCAUCAGUAAACAUUUUAAUGCAUCUUUAGAACUACAUUAUAUCAAUAGAAGUGAAGAGAAUCCGUAUGUGGACACCGAACUUCUGAAGUUCCUUUUUAACGACAGCCUUGAUAUAUGUGCUGGGGGCCUCUACAGAAUAUACGGAGACGUAGUAGCAUACUCAGGGAUCUACAGCAGACAAGACGUUCUAUGGAUUUAUUACGGUCAACGAUCAGAAAGGUCUUGGGAGAAUUUAAUAAGAAAAAUGUACAGCAGUUACAUCUUCAUCAUAUUCUACUUUACCUAUUCCAUUAUUUGGUAUUUCAUUUGUUUAUUCGAUGGGAAUUCAGUUUCUUUUACGAAUACGUUGUUGUACGGCUGGGGAGGACUCGUAGGUGCAACAUCUAUACAAGAACCAAGAUCAGCAAAACAGAAAGUGAUAAACAUCAUGUAUUUAAUCCUGUGUGUCUUCUUAUCUGUAUUUGUAAGCAUCCAACUGUAUUCAUACUUGACCAUACAAGUGCCGCCACAAUUAUUUAAAACCAACGACGAAGUUAUGGAGUCAGGGAGAGUAGCCUUCUUAAAACCAAUAACGAAAUAUUUUAAUAGGGACGAGAAAUAUUUGAAGUUUGCAGAUAAGUCUCAAGACUGUUCAUCGUUCAUGGAUUGCUCGAAUAAAACUAUACAGUACAAUGGUUUGACAAUAGUUCUGCAGAGUUACUUCUAUAUCAUCCAAGCGAUGACAACUGUCGAUGAUGAAGCUAGAAUACUAAGAGCUUCCGAGAAUGUUUUGACAGUCUUCAAUGAAAUGCUGAUUAGAAAGAACAGUUCACUUGUAGUGAAAAUCCAAAAAAUAAUACCAAGAUUAUUUGAAGGUGGUAUUACAAGAAAGCAGUUUAUUGAAGCCAUUGGUCUGUCUGUGGUAGAUAAGGCAGGUAUUGCUAAUGCUAACACGAUAACGAACAGUUAUAGUUGCCAGGCUGGGUGUAAGAUCACGCUCAAGCAGAUAGCUGGAGCCUUUCACAUUUGGCUCUUUGGAUGUGGUCUAUCUUGCUUCUUUUUUGUCAUUGAAGUGCUUAGCAAACGCAAAAUAAAAACAAUAUAAAUGUGAAAAAGUAAAAGCUAUAUUCGAUAAAAUUUUAGUAUAUAGCUAUAUUUUUAUAAUAACUAUCGUGAGACUGAUUCAUUAUUAAA